UUCAUGUAUAUGUGUGUGUAUUUAAACGUUGUGUUUAUUGCUUCCUUUGCAGUCUCUAAUUAUCACCAUUGGAUUCUUUCCAGAAUGGAGGGAAAAGCUUUUAUUAUAAUGUGCAUUUUUAUUGCAACAACGUAUUCAACAACCACUACAAAUCUUGCUGAAUCAUCCACUAGUACAGCAGGAGUUACCACAACAGCACCACAAACUACUGUUAAAACAACCGAAUCCUCCACAACAGCUACAACAACAGCAGUGCCCUCAACAACCUCUACAACUCUUGCUGAAUCAUCCACUAGUACUGCAGGAGUUACCACAACAGCACGACAAACUACUGUUAUAACAGCAGAAUCAUCCACAACAGCUACAACAACAGCAGUGCCCUCAACUACCUCUACAACUAUUGCUGAAUCAUCCACUAGUACUGCAGGAGUUACCACAACAGCACAAGAAACUACUGUUACAACAACAGAAACCUCCACAACAGCUACAACAACAGCAGUUCCCUCAACAACCUCUACAACUCUUGCUGAAUCAUCCACUAGUACUGCAGGAGUUACCACAACAGCACCACAAACUACUGUUACAACAACUGAAUCCUCCACAACAGCUACAACAACAGCAGUUCCCUCAACUACCUCUACAACACAAACUACUGUUACAACAACUGAAUCCUCCACAACAGCUACAACAACAGCAGUUCCCUCAACUACCUCUACAAAUAUUGCUGAAUCAUCCACUAGUACUGCAGGAGUUACCACAACAGCAAAAGAAACUACUGUUACAACAGCAGAAUCAUCCACAACAGCUACAACAACAGCAGUGCCCACAACAACCUCUACAACUCUUGCUGAAUCAUCCACUAGUACUGCAGGAGUUACCACAACAGCACCACAAACUACUGUUACAACAACUGAAUCCUCCACAGCAGCUACAACAACAGCAGUGCCCACAACUACCUCUACAACUCUUGCUGAAUCAUCCACUAGUACUGCAGGAGUUACCACAACAGCACCACAAACUACUGUUACAACAACUGAAUCCUCCACAACAGCUACAACAACAGCAGUUCCCUCAACUACCUCUACAACUAUUGCUGAAUCAUCCACUAGUACUGCAGGAGUUACCACAACAGCACAAGAAACUACUGUUACAACAACUGAGUCCUCCACAACAGCUACAACAACAGCAGUGCCCACAACAACCUCUACAACUCUUGCUGAAUCAUCCACUAGUACUGCAGGAGUUACCACAACAGCACCACAAACUACUGUUACAACAGCAGAAUCAUCCACAACAGCUACAACAACAGCAGUUCCCUCAACAACCUCUACAACUCUUGCUGAAUCAUCCACUAGUACUGCAGGAGUUACCACAACACCACAAGAAACUACUGUUACAACAACCGAAUCCUCCACAACAGCUACAACAACAGCAGUUCCCUCAACUACCUCUACAACUCUUGCUGAAUCAUCCACUAGUACUGCAGGAGUUACCACAACAGCACCACAAACUACUGUUACAACAACCGAAUCCUCCACAACAGCUACAACAACAGCAGUGCCCUCAACAACCUCUACAACUGUUGCUGAAUCAUCCACUAGUAGUGCAGGAGUUACCACAACAGCACCACAAACUACUGUUACAACAACUGAAUCCUCCACAACAGCUACAACAACAGCAGUGCCCUCAACAACCUCUACAACUCUUACUGAAUCAUCCACUAGUACUGCAGGAGUUACCACAACAGCACAAGAAACUACUGUUACAACUGAAUCCUCCACAACAGCUACAACAACAGCAGUGCCCUCAACAACCUCUACAACUCUUACUGAAUCAUCCAAAACUACUGUUACAACAACAGAAACCUCCACAACAGCUACAACAACAGCAGUGCCCACAACAACCUCUACAACUCUUGCUGAAUCAUCCACUAGUACUGCAGGAGUUACCACAACAGCACAAGAAACUACUGUUACAACAACUGAGUCCUCCACAACAGCUACAACAACAGCAGUUCCCUCAACUAUCUCUACAACUUUUGCUGAAUCAUCCACUAGUACUGCAGGAGUUACCACAACAGCACCACAAACUACUGUUACAACAGCAGAAUCAUCCACAACAGCUACAACAACAGCAGUUCCCACAACAACCUCUACAACUCUUGCUGAAUCAUCCAGUAGUACUGCAGGAGUUACCACAACAGCACCACAAACUACUGUUACAACAGCAGAAUCAUCCACAACAGCUACAACAACAGCAGUUCCCACAACAACCUCUACAACUCUUGCUGAAUCAUCCACUAGUACUGCAGGAGUUACCACAACAGCACAAGAAACUACUGUUACAACAACUGAAUCCUCCACAACAGCUACAACAACAGCAGUGCCCUCAACUACCUCUACAACUAUUGCUGAAUCAUCCACUAGUACUGCAGGAGUUACCACAACAGCACCACAAACUACUGUUACAACAACCGAAUCCUCCACAACAGCUACAACAACAGCAGUUCCCUCAACUAUCUCUACAACUUUUGCUGAAUCAUCCACUAGUACUGCAGGAGUUACCACAACAGCACCACAAACUACUGUUACAACAGCAGAAUCAUCCACAACAGCUACAACAACAGCAGUUCCCACAACAACCUCUACAACUCUUGCUGAAUCAUCCAGUAGUACUGCAGGAGUUACCACAACAGCACCACAAACUACUGUUACAACAGCAGAAUCAUCCACAACAGCUACAACAACAGCAGUUCCCACAACAACCUCUACAACUCUUGCUGAAUCAUCCACUAGUACUGCAGGAGUUACCACAACAGCACAAGAAACUACUGUUACAACAACUGAGUCCUCCACUACAGCUAUAACAACAGCAGUGCCCACAACAACCUCUACAACUGUUGCUGAAUCAUCCACUAGUACUGCAGGAGUUACCACAACAGCACAAGAAACUACUGUUACAACAACUGAGUCCUCCACAACAGCUACAACAACAGCAGUGCCCACAACAACCUCUACAACUGUUGCUGAAUCAUCCACUAGUACUGCAGGAGUUACCACAACAGCACCACAAACUACUGUUACAACAGCAGAAUCCUCCACAACAGCUACAACAACAGCAGUUCCCACAACAACAGCAGUUCCCACAACAACCUCUACAACUCUUGCUGAAUCAUCAACUAAUACUGCAGGAGUUACAACAACAGCACCACAAACUACUGUUACAACAACUGAAUCCUCCACAGCAGCUACAACAACAGCAGUGCCCACAACAACCUCUACAACUCUUGCUGAAUCAUCCACUAGUACUGCAGGAGUUACCACAACAGCACCACAAACUACUAUUACAACAACAGAAUCAUCCACAACAGCUACAACAACAGCAGUGCCCACAACAACCUCUACUACUCUUGCUGAAUCAUCCACUAGUACUGCAGGAGUUACCACAACAGCACCACAAACUACUGUUACAACAACUGAAACCUCCACAACAGCAGUGCCCUCAACAACCUCUACAACUGUUGCUGAAUCAUCCACUAGUACUGCAGGGGUUACCACAACAGCACAAGAAACUACUGUUACAACUGAAUCCUCCACAGCAACUACAACAACAGCAGUGCCCACAACUACCUCUACAACUCUUGCUGAAUCAUCCACUAGUACUGCAGGAGUUACCACAACAGCACAAGAAACUACUGUUACAACAACAGAAACCUCCACAACAGCUACAACAACAGCAGUUCCCUCAACAACCUCUACAACUCUUGGUGAAUCAUCCACUAGUACUGCAGGAGUUACCACAACAGCGCAAGAAACUACUGUUACAACAACAGAAACCUCCACAACAGCAACUUCAACACCAACAGAUUCAUCCACAGUCUUAACAUCUAUAACUGGUACAUCCACCAGUAGUGAGGCAGUCACCACAAAUGUGACACAAUCUAAACCUGUGGUGUCUACAGCUGCAAUAGUUUCUAAUUUUUCUACUGCUUCUACAGAAUCUACAACCUCUACAACUUCUACAACCUCUACAGCAUCUACAAACUCUACAAAAUCCAUAGCCUCUACAGCGUCUACAACCUCUACAGCAUCUACAAACUCUACAACAUCUAUAGCCUCUACAGCAUCUACAACCUCUACAGCAUCUACAAACUCUACAAAAUCUAUAGCCUCUACAGCAUCUACAACCUCUACAACAUCUAAAGCCUCUACAGCAUCUACAACCUCUACAACUUCCACAGCAACUACUGCAAAAAUACCAACUGAAGUGCUAACAAAUCUAGAGUUUAGCUCUAAUGAGACAUUUAUCAGUGCACUCAGUAAUGAAACCAGUGAGGAGUUUAAGAGUAGAUCUAAACUUAUCAAGGAUGAGCUUGAGCCUGUCUACAAAACUAAGUAUCCUAACUUCCUCAGAUUGAUUGUCCUAGGAUUCAGACCAGGCUCAAUCAUCUCAUCAACACAACUAGCUUUCAGCUUGAACGAAACUAUCCCAUCCGUUCAAGAUAUUUCAAAGACCCUCUUGACAGCAGUGGCAACAGGAGAUGUAAAUCUAUUGAAGAUAAUCCCUGAAUCAGUUUCAGUCAAUGGUUCAGCUACAACUGUUGCUCCUGCAACAAGUACAGCAACUACAACAACCACAGCAACCACAGCAAAGACAGCAAUCACAGCAACUACGGCUUCAAGCGGAUUAAAGAUAGAAUCCACUCUGUUCCAAGCAAUAUGCCUCAUUAUUAUGUCUAAAAUAUUAAGCUUUAUCCUAUAGAUCCCUUAAACAUAUAUCAACCAAACAUGAAAACUGUAACACUGUAACAAAUUAAUUUAACACAAAAUGUAUUUAUAAUCAUUAUUUAAUGGUAUAUAGUGUUUCCCAUUUUAGC